GAACGAACGAACGAAACAACAAAUGGAGAAGAGAGAAAUGAAAGAAAGAAAUUCUACGAGCAAGUACAACUUCCUUUCUGUUCAUCUUUCAUUCACUACUUCUAUGCUCUCUUAGAUCAUCAAUCUUUCUUCUAUUCCUUCGGAUACCAACCUAUCUACCUAUCUACCUAGUAUCUACGACAUCAACAUCGCAUUAUCGCGACCAAUAUUUUAAAUACUAUACGGAGUUAUCUCAACUAUCAGUCCUCUCCAAUCCAAUUCAACAGUAUAAGAAUAGAUCUUUCUCGAUUUAACAGUCCGAUUUUACCUCCGCCGAACACAAGUGACACACUUUUCGACUUACAGUUGUCAAGCACUGCGCUGCACCUCAGGGUUGUAACGAAUUGCGAAGCUUUACAUCGACUGGAGAAUUUGGUCGCAGCCAAUCGAUUACCAUCUUUCUUCAUCUUGGCCUCCAACACUCGUCUUUAUUUUCGGAAAUUUUAAUAAAUAAAUAAGUAUUCGACGUGGAGGGCAUUUGAGGGAAGGACGGAAUUGUACAGCAAGGCUUCGGUUACUCUGUGCUGCUGCUUUUCAUGAAUAAGGAAUUUGGACAACUGACAUCUUCACUUCUGCUUUUCAAUUUCAGGCUGGAUCGCGUUUUUCUUGCCUCGCCUCUUUCUUCCAAUAUCUCGGCAUAGGCUGUUGAUCAAUCUGUUGGGCUUCUUUACAUCAGAAAUCUAAAGAGACUGCAAGCACAGAGCUUUGUCUUUCAUCUCCAUUCUGUCUGCAGUUGCCAAAGAAGGCUCUCAGACUUUGACCUCAUUUGUUGGCAAUAUCCUCCAGGUUUUAGGAGUGUACGUAUUCAUUGAAUUCUAUCCCAUGUAUUUCGAACUCUAUUUCCAAUGCUACACACGCGUUGAACUCUACCAUCUAAUGGCCCUUCUGUUUUCACGCGCUGAUCCUGUUGCUAUCUUCUCAUAGAAUCCAGUUUCCUGUGGCAUAACAUCAACCCAAAACUGUUCAUAAGCAAUACAAGACAUCAUUUUUCAGCCAAGAUUCACCUUCUUAUUUAAAAGUUGAGGUACCUUGUGUGUACAUUCAGACGCCAUGGCUGACGACGAGUUCGACAUUGACAUCUAUGGAGAUACCAACACUGAACAAGAUGCAAUCUUCAAAAGAGAUGACGAAGGUGAUGUUAAGAUUGAUGGUGUUGAAGCUUCCAUCGCCCCAGUCACCGAGACUAAUGGUAAACACGAAGACCAAGAUGACGAUUACGUAGAUAUUAAGGUUAGUCAUGAGAAGGAUAAGCUCAUCGAAGGCCAUCAGAAAAUAAAGAGUACCGAUGAAUCCGGGCAAGAUCUUCUCAACAUACCCAAAAAGGCCCCUCAACAACAAGGUGUAAAAAGAAAGGAGGGCUCCGAUGAUCGUCCAAUCGAUCAAGGAGCGACUACGGCCUUGCUCAUAUCCGAGUUGCAUUGGUGGAAUACCGAUGAUGAUGUCCGGGGUUGGAUCAAUCAGGCCCAGGUGGAAGAUGAGCUGAAGGAAAUGACUUUUUCUGAACAUAAAGUUAACGGGAAAAGCAAGGGGUAUUUUACCAUACACCAAAGUCUGAAAAUGCUGAACCUCCACUGACUUUAAGCACAGACAAGCCUACGUGGAAUUUACGUCCCAACAAGCUGCAACUGCAGCGAAACGAAAGAUUGACGCUUUCGGCGAAGGUCAACAAUAUGUCAAGAAGCAGACAGUUACAUACCACAACCCAAAUGUCAAUCCAUUCCGUACUUUACCCAAGGACGCGCCUGCUCGUGCCGCUAAAGAAGGUCAAAAUAGCCGAUCGAGCUCGGGACCAGGAGGUUACAACAGUGAGCGGGGCAGUCACGGUACAGGUAACUUUGGUGGUAAUUUCCGUGGUCGUGGUGGUGGUUAUAGCUCCUCUCGUGGAGGCAUGAACAGCAACAUAAAUCAAGGCAAUUUCAACCGCAACUUUUCCGGAACAGGAGGAUCUAUGGGUGGUGGGUUUAAUUCUUCAAUGAGCGGAGGAUUUCAGGGAAAUCCCAUGGGAAAUCAAUUUGGCGGAUUUAACCGUGGAGGAAUGAUGGGUGGCAUGCGCGGUGGACCUGGAAGUAUGAGAGGAGGUCGAGGAGGAAUGGCAAAUGGUAUGAUGGGAGCGAUGCCUAUGGGAGGGAUGCCAAUGGGCGGCAUGGGAGGGAUGGGUAUGCCUAUGAGUAUGGGAAACAUGGCACAGAUGGGAGGGGGAAUGCAAGGUACGUACAGGAACUCUCUUGCUGAAUGAUCACAAGUACUACAUAAAGAUAUCACGUUCAUGACUGACUUUAACAAUUAGGUGGGAACGGUUUUCAACCUAUGCAACCACAUUUUAAUCCUGCGUUUUUCCAACAAAACCAAAAUGCUGGUGGCGAUUGGCAAAAUCCCCACGGCGCCAAAAGACCAAGACCAGAAUGAGGUAGAUUCAAAGUUGAGUAUAAAAUUUCAUGAUUACACCUCGAAAUACACAAAACUGGAGAAUGGAAAGGGCGUUGGCAUUGGGGUUAUGGCAUAUUUGACAUUUGGAAUAAUGAGCACUUUCAGUUCUUGACUGUAUUUCGAAAUAAAGCUUGUACCAUAGAAGUGCGAUUUACGCGAUGGAUGUAUUCUGAGCUGUCAGAUAAUUGCUCUCUUUUAACUAUUCAUUUCUUGUUCUUUCUCACUGUUUCUUCCAUCUCUUAAGCAAAGCUCUCCGGGAGUUAGCAGUGCUCUCCCUUCUCAAAGCGCAUUUGGUUGAGUAUUUAGUGUCUAGAGCAGUGCAUCGUGCUGUUUUAGUGAGACAGAAAUCAUCAGAUUGACUGAUGACAGGAUUUGCUAGAAAUACCACCGUCGUAGUUAGAUAGACCAAUAAUCGAAUA